AGUUUUGAUUCUUCUCAACUGUUGCCUCUGCUGCUUUAUAUCAGACUAUGCUGUACACCUUUGUGUUUAACUCUUUGAACUCUUUCAUAUUAGUGAAAUCCAUACAUAGACUAUCACUUGGUAAGUUGAAUAUUCUGAAACGAAGUUAAGGAACAUAUAUACACUCACAUUAAUCACACCUCAAAUCCAUGCCCGUAUUUGUCCUGCUGUAAAGCCAAGAGCUAUACAGAAAUUUAUGAACCGGGCUUCCGACCUGGAGUAUAUAGAAUUUAAAUCUUCUCUCACAAGUAUAUGGUAGAGCUAAAGAAGAAGAAGACAAGCAAGGGUCAUCUGAAAUUGUGAUUGGCUCACUAAUAAUCGCAGGACAGAGUUGGAAAUAACUACUCAAGCAUAAGACGCUACCAAGAUGUUUGAUAUAAAGGCUUGGGCUGAGUAUGUUGUGGAAUGGGCUGCAAAGGACCCAUAUGGCUUCCUUACAACGGUUAUUUUGGCCUUUACUCCAUUGUUUCUAGCAAGUGCUAUACUGUCCUGGAAAUUGGCCAAGAUGAUUGAAGCCAGGGAAAAGGAACAAAAGAAGAAACAAAAACGUCAAGAAAAUAUUGCAAGAGCUAAACGACUAAAGAAGGAUUGAAGGAAUGAACAGGCUCUAUAACCAGAGAAAAAUCACUUGGAAAAUUAAGCAGCUCUGGAAGGACCCACUGAGGUUUCUUUUCUGAUUUUUAUGACAGUAAUUUGUAGUCAAUGAAGUCUGAGUACAUGGAAGGAUCAUGUUAGCUGUGACCUCUACUACUGCAACUUUUAGGCUUUGGUGUAGAAGUCUGUUGACAGUUAUUGUAAAUUGGCAUUUAUUCUAUAAAUUCUUUAUAACUGACUUAGUCAUUUGCCAUUUUGCAGCUUAUGUACUGAAACAAAAACAUCCUGUGGAGAGAAAUGACUAUACAUUAUGAAUUCUUUUCAAAUAAUGGCUUAGAAUGGGGCCCUUUCUGGAUGAAAGGAGUUAAGAAUGUAAAAAUCAAAACUGUCCUGAGGUGAAAAGUGUGCUUUGGCUUAAAAGGCAUAUAGUAUAUUAAUUAUAUCUUUUAUCAUUAUUGCUUAUUUCUUGGAAUGGAAUCAUUUCUGGCUUUCUCAAAGCCACAUAUUAACUAAUGACUUUUUGUGUUCUGCAUUUUCUCAUUUUAACCUUUGAGAUAAUUAUCAGACAUUCUGCAUUUUUUAAAAUCUAAUUUUAUAAAGAAUUCUCUUAUUGACUAUAUAGAAUACCACCUACCAGAUAUAACAGUUUUUGUACUUAUGAACACUGCAAUUUUUUUAGAGAUGUCUUGUUGAGUAGAAUAACACUAUGAUUUAAAGCUUGCAGUAAAAAUGCCAAACCUUGUGUUACCUUGGAACCAGUUUACUCUUUCUUGUGCUAAGUAGAAAUGUGAAGUAGUUAAAAUGUCUUAUCAGAUAAUUU